AUGACCAAUCAAGAGGUGGGGAAAUUGGCCUGGUUAAAGAAUAUUUUUAUAAAAAAUAAGGAUAAAAAUGAUGCUGAGGAAGAGCCGAUACGUGUAAAUAAAUGGGACGGUGCUAAUGUGAAGAAUACAUUGGAUGACACUGUGAAGAAGAUAAUCAAUGACAACUAUGGUUGGACUGAAUGUCACUCGUUGGCCAAUGGCCGUUUGGCACUUUCAUUUUUGGCAGUGGCUUUUGCCGGUUUCGCUCUCAUCUACGACUACUUCCGUCCUUUCCCCGCAUCAAAAUCUGUUCUUGCCUUGUGUUCAAUUAGUUAUUUUGUUAUGAUUUUUAUAUUGCAAAUUUAUCAGUGGUAUGUGGAGAAGUUAACUUUUUACCAAGCGAUGGAAUCAAGUAAAGAUGAAAAAAGCCCGCCCAGUUACUGGAAAUGGUCUUCUGACAUGAAACGAUAUGAUGACAAGUAUAUAUUGAUCGCUGAGUUCUCACAAGGUACUAGGUCUGGAACAAUGAAGGUGGUCAAAUCAAUUGCCGCUUAUAUUAGCGAGGAUGGUGAAGUUCUUUUGCCCUUAGUGAAGAAAGAGGUGGACCAGUUACGAAACAAUCUUCUCAAGUCAGACAAGGCAGAAUAA